AUGGAGUCUCGGUAUGACCGGGCAAUCACUGUGUUCUCCCCAGAUGGACACCUCUUCCAAGUGGAAUAUGCCCAGGAAGCAGUGAAGAAAGGAUCCACAGCGGUUGGAAUUCGAGGUACUGAUAUAGUUGUACUCGGGGUAGAAAAAAAAUCUGUUGCCAAGCUUCAAGAUGAAAGAACUGUGAGGAAAAUUUGUGCCCUUGAUGACCAUGUCUGCAUGGCUUUUGCAGGACUGACUGCUGAUGCUCGAGUAGUGAUAAACAGAGCCCGCGUGGAGUGCCAGAGUCAUAAGCUUACAGUUGAGGACCCAGUCACUGUAGAAUAUAUAACUCGCUUCAUAGCAACCUUAAAGCAGAAAUACACUCAAAGCAAUGGGCGAAGACCUUUUGGUAUUUCUGCCUUAAUUGUAGGUUUUGAUGAUGAUGGUAUCCCAAGGUUAUAUCAGACUGAUCCCUCUGGUACUUAUCAUGCUUGGAAGGCAAAUGCAAUUGGCCGAAGUGCUAAAACUGUCCGAGAAUUUCUAGAAAAGAAUUACACAGAAGAUGCUAUAGCAAAUGACAACGAAGCUAUCAAAUUAGCAAUAAGAGCUUUGCUAGAAAUUGUCCAGUCUGGCGGAAAAAACAUUGAACUUGCUAUAAUAAGAAGAAACCAACCUUUGAAGAUGUUUAGUGCCAAAGAAAUUGAGUUACAAGUAACUGCAAUAGAAAAGGAAAAGGAAGAAGCAGAGAAGAAAAAAUCAAAGAAGGCUGCCUAAUUCUUAGUAUGAACACUGGGAUCUUUUCAUGUUUUGCUAUACUUCUUGAAAUUACUUAGUGAAGUUUUAAAGGAAAUAAGUUGAUUUGUGGCAUUAUGUUUUUCAGUUAUGUGUUGUUUUGAGAAUGCUAGAUUUGUGGCUGUCUUCAGUCUAUUAAAUGGACAAACUGUACAUUAAUAUGAAGAUUAAAAAAAAAGAUAUCAGUAAUUGUUGAAAUCAGUCAUAAUUCCACAUAAGCCUGAGACUAUACUCUAUAACUUUUCUUCAUAUAUGAAAAUUUAAGAAAAAAGUUUACUUUUUAAAAAUUAAUAAUUUGGCGACAUUUGAGUAUGACUAUCAGGUAGAGAGAUACCUAUUUGAAACUAAACUGAAUGUAAUAUUGAGUUGCA